AUGAAUGCGAACGAUGAGGCGUCGACGAAACUGGAGCCGAUCAGCUCGGAAAAAGCUGUCAAGAAUGAAACAGAGAUCAUCGAAGAUGAGCCCGCUGAGCCUACCGAGCCUGCCGUGAAAGAAACCGAUGAUUCUAAUGAUACGACCGACACGAAUGUGGAAGACAUUAUUCAAGUCCCUUCAGAACUGCCGCCAACGCUUCACGAACGCUUCAUGCGGAUCAAAGAAAUGGUUAAGGAUGCCAUAGCCGCUCAUCACACGUUCAUGGUAUACGGGAGGGCUCGAGUGAUUCGUGAAUGUAUGCUGAAACGGGGAUGGUGUGAAAAAUUCUUCAGAAAGAAUCCCAACGGUAGAUCAUCGUCCGAACAUUUCACCGUGAACUCGAGCCCCGUGAUGCUACUGGCCGGUAUCGGUGACUUGAAGGAUCAACAAAGCGAACGACAACUGAUUUCACGAAUGCUCAGCAAUCACACCGUCGAUUUUCUCUGGAACACAGGAUCAGAUUGGCCGGGUUGGCCGUCGCAGGACAACAAAACGACGAUCUUCAACAGAUACUGUCGGGCAGGAUUCACGUCGAAGGUGGGCCUGUGUUCGAACGUUCGACAAAUGCACUGGUAUUACGAGGCCGGUGUGGCGAACACCCUAUUCCCACGUUGCUACAACCUUUGUCAGGGAGAUCAGAUGCACGCUUUCAUCGAGGAUUUCCGAUUCACCGCCUGUCUGAGUCUGUUGAAAUGGCUGGUGAACAUGAUCAACGCGGAAGGCGAGAACGCGGUCAGAUCGCCGACGGGGACCGUGCCGUUGAAGGCCCUAGAGUUCGCGAUUAAACGGUGCAGCGAUUACAUCAGCGCCCAGUCCCACGAGGACAUCGAUCAGGAAACUGAAAGAGUAUGGGCGCAUCAGUGGGACCAGUUUAUCAGCUGGUAUUAUCAGAUCGUCCAUAGCCAGUCGCUUUUCAUACGGAACAGCGUGCCGUUUCAAAAGUUUUUUUUGGCUGCGAAACACAUUUUAAAGAAGAUGAAAAAGUACUGCCCUCAAAUGGACAUGGACGGCGUGAUGAAUGUGUGGAUCAUGAAGCCUGGGAAUAAAAGUCGGGGACGGGGGAUCGUACUGCUGAACAAAUUGGAGGACGUAUUGACGAAAAUGAAUCCUGCGAAUAAAACGGACACUCGGUUCGUCGUGCAGAAAUACAUCGAACGACCGCUGCUGAUUCACAGCACGAAGUUCGAUAUCCGGCAAUGGUUUGUCGUUACCUGUGCUCAGCCCUUAACACUUUGGAUAUACAAGGAGAGCUAUCUACGGUUUUGCUCGCAGAAAUUCUGUCUGACGAACUUCCACGAAUCGAUUCACCUGUGCAAUCACGCGAUCCAAUGCAAGUACACGAAUUGCGGUGACAGAGAUCCUGCGUUGCCCUCGGACAACAUGUGGGAUGCGACAACUUUCAAGGGGUUCCUCAAGUCCCAGGGACACGAUAAAGCGUGGGACGAGCUGAUUUACCCGGGAAUGAAGCAGGGUUUAGUGGGCUCUAUGUUGGCCAGCCAGGAAGCCAUGGAUCGUCGGAAGAACAGUUUCGAGCUUUACGGGGCGGACUUUAUGGUUAUGGAAGAUUUCUCUGUCUGGCUGAUCGAGAUCAAUAGUCACCCCGACAUGAGUUACUCGAGCAAAGUUACGACCCGUCUUUGUCGUCAGGUUUUGGAGGACACUAUAAAAGUGGUGAUAGAUUUUCGUGAAGAUAAAAACGCAGACACGGGGCAAUUUGAGCUGGCCUACAGACAACGAAUGCCCAGCUGCCAGCCGUACUUGGGCGCAGCCUUGUCCCUUCAAGGGACUCGAAUCACAACGUUCGAGAAAAAGCCAACUUUCACCAAUCAGGAUUCGAAAGUUAGCCUUUCGUCCAAGUCCCCGAUGACGUGUCUGACGAAGAAAAAAUCAACGGUACACAAUCAGAUUGGUCCGGUGAUCGUCGACUUGAUCGAGGAACUAGAAAUACAACUCGACCAGGAAUUCUACGCCUAUUACAAAGUAGACUCGCCGAAAUUCCGGCAAGCGUUGCCAGCUACCGCGCCGCCACGACCCUUGAAGACUGCCAUACUGAUCGAUAAACAAGAAUCGACCAUAAAGAGCGCUCUUGUGGGUGGCGGGUCUAAUGUCAAGUCGAAGUCAGCCGGCGUGGUACAGAACAAUCGAAUAAAUGAGAAGUCUGGAAACAGUCAGAAAGCUGCGUCACGGACGCCCAGAAAGUUGAAGACUUUCACAGGUUCGACGAAUAAUAACCGAACGGAAAUGUCUCCUGCCAGGGAAACUUUAAUCUCGAAGAUCAUGGCGUUUCAGAAACAAUCGUCGAAGCUAACCCCGAAAUCCGAUAAGCCUAACAAAGUAAACCAACAAAAGAUUAUCAAGACAGCGGUACGAGAUGCAAUUAAAAAGUAUAAAAGAAGCGCUACUCUGCCCACCAUCCCGUCGGAGAUACCAGUGCUACCAUCCCUGAUUACAGCGAAUCGAGGGAACGAAGUUACCACAGGGAAGAAUAAGAAUCGUAGCGUUAUGCCGAAGAAGAAUACUCAUCAGAGGAAAAGCAAAGUUUUAACCGACAUCACGGACAUGUACGCUGUUGGGCUGAGGUUGACAAAAUAA